CAGGUGCUGUAAAGGCAGCUCUUAGGUGUCAGUUGGAGUUCAUCAGACGGGUCUGAGUUCCCAGGUCAUGCCGCGGUUUACCGUACACGUUAGGGACGAGUGGCUGACUGUGCCAUGUAAGGAUUUGACUUGCACGGUGCACUGGCUGGGACUUGAGGCACUGAGACGGUACAUCAAGAACAAGCCGGAUAACGGGGGCAUGGGUCCUGUCCAAGAGGUCCGCUUCACCUUGAGGAGGUGCCAGGGGCAAGGGCUGCUGGACGCCGACGAUAUUCUGGAAGAUGUCCUGGAAGAAAAUGACUUCGUAGAGCUUAUGAUUGAAGGAGACACCAUGUCACCAGAUUUUAUUCCAUCCCAGCCUGGAAGUUCACAUCUCAAUAGUACGUACAGAGAGCCCGAAGAGUACAUUUUCUUAGAUGGAAAAAGUCUCGCAACAACAGAUUUGGUCAGUUUAGGAAGGGGUUUGUACAAGAUUAAGCUCUCUCCAGAAGCGGAAAAGAAAAUUGCAGAGUCGCGAGAAUUGCUGGAAAAUAUUAUAGCAGAAAACAAAGUGGUGUAUGGAAUCACAACGGGUUUUGGAAAGUUUGCACGAACGGUCAUUCCAACCAGUAAACUUAAGGAACUUCAAGAGAACCUGAUUCGAUCCCAUUCAGCAGGAGUUGGAAAACCAUUGAGUCCAGAAAGGUCGCGUAUGCUGUUUGCUUUGAGGAUUAAUGUUUUGGCCAAAGGGUACAGUGGCAUCUCGUUGAACACCUUACACCAGAUGAUUGAAGCCUUUAAUGCUUCCUGCUUGUCCUACAUUCCAGAGAAGGGAACAGUUGGUGCAAGUGGAGACCUCGCUCCUCUCUCUCACUUGGCAUUGGGGUUGAUGGGAGAAGGCAAGAUGUGGUCUCCAAAAAGUGGAUGGGCUGAUGCAAAAUUUGUUUUGGAAGCACAUGGACUUGUUCCUAUUUCCCUAAAGCCAAAAGAGGGAUUAGCCCUCAUAAAUGGCACCCAGAUGAUCACCUCUCUAGGGGCAGAAGCAGUUGAGAGGGCACUGGCAAUUGCUAGGCAGGCAGAUAUCAUUGCUGCCCUCACGUUAGAAGUAUUGAAAGGGACAACAAAGGCAUUUGACAGUGAUAUUCAUGAGCUGCGACCUCACCCUGGACAGAAAGAAGUGGCGUCCAGAUUUCGCUCUCUCCUAGACUCUGAUCAUCAUCCUUCUGAAAUUGCAGAAAGCCACAGGUUUUGUGACAGAGUUCAAGAUGCUUAUACAUUGCGUUGUUGUCCUCAGGUCCAUGGAGUGGUCAAUGAUACCAUUGCUUUUGUCAGAAAUAUCAUCAACACUGAAAUUAACAGUGCCACUGAUAAUCCUAUGGUAUUUGCAGAAAGAGGUGAAACUAUUUCUGGAGGAAAUUUUCAUGGUGAAUAUCCAGCAAAAGCACUCGACUACCUUGCAAUUGGAGUGCAUGAACUCGCUUCCCUUAGUGAGAGGAGGAUUGAACGUCUCUGUAAUCCUUCACUGAGUGAGCUUCCUGCAUUCUUGGUCAACGAAGGAGGCCUGAACUCUGGUUUUAUGAUUGCUCAUUGCACUGCAGCUGCCCUGGUUUCAGAAAAUAAAGUUUUGUGUCACCCUUCUUCUGUUGACUCCUUGUCCACCAGUGCUGCCACUGAGGAUCACGUGUCAAUGGGAGGCUGGGCAGCUCGAAAAGCCCUCAAAGUGGUGGAGCAUGUGGAGCAAGUUCUUUCUAUAGAGCUGCUUGCAGCUUGUCAAGGGAUUGAAUUUUUACGCCCCUUAAGGACAACCACCCCACUGGAAAAGGUCUAUGAACUUGUGCGCUCCUCUGUCAAGCCAUGGAUUAAAGACCGUUACAUGGCUCCAGACAUUGAAACUGUUCAUCGUCUGCUGCUGGAUCAAAAGGUGUGGAAAGUUGCAUUUCCCUAUAUAGAAAAAUAUAAAAUGGAGCAUAUCCCCGAGUCGAGACCUGGAUCUCCCACCGCCUUUGUCCUGGAUUCUCCAGCAUCACCCAGAAAGCGUGUCCGUCACGAGUAGACAGAUCUUGGACUCUACUAUCCAUAUUUACUCUCCAAAUUCACCUGUUCAACUUGUACUUGUACUGUAGUAUAACUGUGAUGAUUGGAGUGAUUUAAAAUAAGGGAUAUUUUUGAAUAUUAUUAAAUUUACUGUCAAAGGAAAAACUGUGGUUUCUCUUCUACCUCAGCAUAUGGAUGGUCUGAAAGCACAUGCCUUAAAAAUGAAUCAAAAUUAAAAAGGUACAGUUCAUUAUGAACUUUAAAAUUA